UAACAUAUCGACACUCUCCCCUUCACAGAGUCUCUGCUCUUUGCCUCUUGACACACCUUUUGUUGUCUCGUCUAGCUGGAGUCAGCUAACGAUUGCUAGCGAGCAUCAUCCGCUCCUACUGCCCAUCAGCGGUGAGGUGAAGUGAGGGCAAAAUAGCUGCUCUGUAGCCGAGUAAACCGAGAAGUGACGGCCGACACCCUGCCAGGAUGAGUGGUGAUGAAUUAAACCCAGCUGCAGUGCCUCAGCUUGUGGAGGAUGUACAAGGAGAUGGACGGUGGAUGUCACAGCACACACGAUUUGUGCAGGAGUGUAAAGAUGCUGAACCAGACGUGCUGUUUGUGGGAGAUUCUAUGAUUCAACUAAUGCAGCAGUAUGAUGUGUGGAGGGAUUUAUUUUCCCCUCUUCAUGCACUCAACUUUGGCAUUGGAGGGGACACCACCUGUAAUGUGCUGUGGAGGCUGCAGAACGGAGAGCUGGAGAACAUCCGUCCCAAGGUGGUGGUGCUGUGGGUAGGAACCAACAAUCACACACACACUGCAGAGCAAGUUGCAGGAGGAAUUCUUGCUAUUGCUCAGCUGCUCACCUCCCGCCUCCCCAAAGCAAAGAUCAUAGUCCUGGGUUUGAUGCCCCGAGGGGAGCGUCCAAACCCACUGAGGGAGAAGAACGCAGCAGUAAACGGGUACCUGCGCUCUAGCCUGCCUCGCCUGAUCCAGGCUCAGUUCCUGGAUGUGAGUGGGGACUUUGUCCACUCUGACGGUACUAUCGUCCCACAGGACAUGUUUGACUUCCUCCACCUGACGCCCACGGGUUACCGCACUAUAGCCAAGCCCCUCAGCGACCUGCUGCUUCAGAUACUGGAGGAGACGCCGGAGGAGAGACGGGCGUCGCUGGUUUGAGGGCGAGUGGUUGAUCAGCACGUUUCCCCAGAGGCAUGUCUCGCCUGCUAUCGGGAGACAUGUCUCUGGUUUCUGGAGGAGGAAGGGCUCACUCAUAGGGGGACAGAGACGCCCUGUUGUGAGUGGGCCUAUGAGGGGGGCGUUGGAUUAAAAUCAUGAGUGGAGGGUUUGGAGAGGUGCUAAAGAGGGAGAGAGACCUCACAUCAGAUGUAGAAACUGUAAUCCAUCUGUUGCUAAAGCAUUUAUAAAGGUCAAACUACUCUGACUUAAAGACAGAUAUACUGAGAUCACAGAAGACAAACAAACACAUGAAUCCUGUCUUGAAGAUAGAAAGUGUUCUUCCCCCUGUCACCAGUGUCAGGGGGAUGGGAAACAAAAGCUAUCUUCUUCCUCCCUUUUCUUUUUUUUUUUUUACCUGGAAAAGAGUUAGCAGCAUGGCCUCUCAUCUAGCAUGAGUCCAGUGCACAAGAUACUCACUUGGCAGAACAUAAUUGAACAUUGAACAAUGUUAUCAGUCAAAGCAGUACGCUACAGCGCAGUGGUUCCCAAACAGGGGCUUAACACUCAACUAGAUGCCACAGGAGUGAAGUUAGAGAUCACAGGUUUCUAAAAGGGUUAAAAAGGGAAUGAAAUACAAAUCCUUUUUCUUUAAUGUCUAAUUUUUUUUGUGAUUUUGUUUUUCUUGUGGAACUCCUGCACACUUCUACCUCUCGAGGCUUCUAAAUAUCCUGAAUUUGAAACAACUCUCAAAUGUUUGGGAACCACUGCUGCAGAGGGCUUACUAGUGAGAUGUUAUGAGUUGAUUUGAAAAUAUCUCUCACUGCGAUGAAUUUGCCUAAAAUGCAGCCAUGAAGCAACAUUAGACAAAUAACACUGAUGGAAUCUGUGUGUCAAGUUUAUGUGUAAUAUUUAGUAUAUUCAGACAAACCAAGAGCACUUAUUCUACUAAAGUUUCACAUUUGGACACAUUGCAACUAUUUAGAUAUAUUUUAAUGAUAAUAAUAAUAAUAAUCAUUGUAUAUCUCUCCACAGACCACACACAGCCAAUCGUGUGCAUGUUUGAAGCAUCAGCUUCUGAGUAGAAAUGUAUGAAGAUGGUAAAUAUCAGUCAAAAACAUGUCAUCAAACACAUGAGCGAUGCUAACCUUUUAAAUGGUCUUGUCUGAUCAUCGUCAUUGUUCUUCCAACACAUCUGACUCUGCUGUUUAUGUGCAUAGCAUCUUACACUUGUGUAUUGUGUUCUUCACAGAGUCCAGAUAAAUCUGCUUAAGACUUCAAAAUAAGUUCACCUUUCUAAUGAAUGAAACACUUAACUGCCAGCUUUUUAAACGUGCUUUAGGAGAACGUCUUGAUUGCUUCCUUUAUAUCUGCUAAAUACAUAUUUUAAUAGAAAAAUAUUAUAUUUCACUGUCUUGAAGAAAUCAUGUGAACACGGUCAUCCGACUUCAGCUCUCUACCGCUCGUCAUAUCUCAUCAUAUCUGUUUCUCACACUGAAAUCGCCACAAAAACUUCACAGUUAGACACUAAACUGACCAACACAGGCUCUCUCUCCCUCUCCCUCCUAAACUAUAUUCAGCAUUUUCUCCAACAUGCACCUCUAUAUACGCUUUCAAAGCCUCCUCUUUGUUUUUCCCUGUUGUAUAGUUGACUCACAUUGGGACCUGACAUCUCUACUUGCUAGUGUUACAGCAUAUUUUUAGGACUAAAAAGUAGCCACAUGUUUAAAAGCUGUACUGAAUAUCGUCACGCUAAAUGCAACACAGCACAAUCACAGGUCAUGUAUAGAGAUCCAUUUUGUCUGUGAGCGUAUACUGUAGCUGUUUCCUCCUGACUUGGCUUUGUUGAAUCUCUUGUCGAGCGUUGAAUUAUACUACGUUACUGCUGUCUUAAGCUCUGCACAUUGCCGUGCUGUGUUUAAAUAUAAAUAGUGUAUGUGUGCGUGCCUUAAGUGUUCAUGGGGACAGAAGUGUGUACAGUAUGUGUGGUGCUGGAUUGUGCAAGUAAGUUGGACGUAUGAGUGUCUAGAGUGACCCCUCUUGUAAAUAUGAGACAUGUGAAGCCUGCGAGAAAAUGAAGUUUGAAGGAGUCUGCUUACGGUGCGAUCAUGCUUUUGCACUGUGUCAGCUCGUUGUCACAUUAUUGAGGUAAAGCAUUCCAAUAAUAAAAAAAAACAAAACAAGGAAAUACACUUGUUGAGUUUGUGAUUCUGCAUGUUUUGUGUGAUUUAAAAAAAAAAAAAAAGGAUGCAUCCUGCGUCACUGGUUGGAAAAGAAUAAAUCGUAGUAGUAUUAGUGCUCACCAGCAGAGGGAGCCAUUGGAUCAGAUGAUUUAGAAUGUGUUCUUACCUUCUUCAAGUCACUCUUGCUGAGAUUAUUAACAGCUCUCAGAGGCAAUGUAGACAUAUGAUAAACCUUUCAGUAAAUAUUUAGUGAGGAAACUAUGUAAUGGAGGUCAAGUUAAAAAAUGUUUAGUCAAAAAAACAUUGAUAUUUCUCUCAAUCAUUUUUGUACUAUGACAUCUAUCUGGAGGCAUGUCAGUGUGAAGCAGUGGUAACAAUUGACAGUCAUUUUCUAAAGUCCGUUAAACUUGGAUGCACAUUUAAAGUUUGUCUGACUCAUGAAUGAUUAAGGUAAGAAUUUAUUUUGUACUGUUAUUUUUCUUCAAUUGUACGAUGUAAAAUUAUGGAGAGAAAUCGCUGUGCAUCAUAAAUCAGCAUCCCCUAAAGUGGUAAAAAGGAAAUAUUUCAAGGCACAUGACGUGGGGAAAUAAAAAUAAACGCAUGUCGGCACUUUGUCCAUCUACACUCUUCAUAUUUUGACUGCCAGUGAUUCAGAUCUAAAUAUCCCUCUAAUGUUUUUAUAACUCUUAAAGCUUCCCAUGUAGACUUGGAUAAAUAUUUAACCACUUCGUCUGUCCAUGCACAGUUUGGAAAAAAAAAGGAAAUGAUAACUUUCUAAUCCCAGCAGGCCUUAGCAGAGCCAGAGACUUCCUUGGAAAUACAGCUACACCCUUAGAAUCUACAUCUGGGCUUGUGUGUUUGCAUUGCUCUUUUGACACGUUUAAAUUUGGAUUUAGUUGAGCAUUUAAAUAAGCUGGGCAGUGGAAGUCUGUGCAGCAGUGAAGUGAAAGGCCUGUAUGAGCCGUGAGGAAACAGGAAAUCACCGUUAGAUGUAUGUUCACCCCUAUUAGAAGGUUAUUUUAUGAGUGAACCUGUGAGGUCAGGGUUUGUUAGGCGCUGACAUAUGUGACAAAUGUUACCGUGGUUACAACGUGCAUCUGAGCAUUAGACCUAUAAGUCAUGUGCUGCACAGUAAAGGUUUAAUAGUGCAUCUAAUAACAGAGAACAGGCUCAGCGCUGACACUGAUCAUAUAAAAAUUCCUGCUCAUUUAUCACUGAAGCAAUGACACAUUUAUUUUUGUCCCGACUGAAAACGCUGCAUAAUGCUGUUUAUUGUCUUCCAUAACUUGAUGUCCUCGGUGAUUAUGUGUUCCUCAAUUUCAUUUACCUUUUUG